AUGCCCUGCCACAACUACACCCUCGCAGACCUCACCAUCGACGCCAGCGCGCCUCAGGAGGAGAUCAACGCUCUCAUCGCCAAGAUGGGCGCCGUGGUCAUCAAGGGUCUCGUAAAGAAGGAUGCCGUCGACCAGAUGAACAAGGACUUUAAGCCCUACCUGGACGCUCUCGGUGUCGAGGGCAACGACGAGCAGUGGGACGGCUCGUUCUUCCCUUCCACUUCCAAAAAGGUCCCGGGCCUCCUCACCAAGUCGGCGACCUACGUUGACAAGAUUCUCCUCAACGACACCCUCAACGGUAUUGCCGACUAUGCCCUCACGCGCCGCACCAAGACGACAAUGUCCAGCCCCGAGCGCUACUGGUCGACCUGCAAGCCCCAGCUCAACGUCACUGGACUGCUGGAGGUGAACCCGGGCGGCAAGGCUCAAGAGCUGCAUCGCGACGAUGCCAUUUUCCACGACCGCAUUCGCGGAUCCGAGGUUUACGACCCGUCGCAGGAAAAGUCCAUUCUCGCCAUGGUCGCCCUCACCAACGUGUACCCCGAAAACGGCGGCACCAACAUUGUUCCCGGCUCGCACAUCCGCUCCGACGACCUGCCCCCUCCCACUUACGAGGACGCCAUCCAGGUCACUGCUGAGCCCGGAGACUGUGUCGUCAUUCUCUGCUCGGUCUACCACGGCGGUGGCACCAACUCGAUGAAGGUCGGCGACAAGAACUCGGUCCGCUGCAUGGCACUCUGCGGCUGGAACUGCGGAUACCUGAAGCAGGAGGAGAACCAGUAUCUCCAGCUCAAGCACGAGGACGUCAAGAAGCUGCCUCUGCGUGCCCAGAGGCUGGCUGGAUGGGACGUCUCGCUUCCCUACCUGGGCUACGUCAACUGGGAGCACCCGCUCCUCACCCUCGGCCACGACCCGAAGAUGGUUCCCAAGCUCGACGACCUCUUCUACGACAAGGACCAGACCCCGAUUGCCGUCAAGGUUUAA